AUGAUGCUCCUGGACACGGAGGCCCCGAGACACGCGCCUGCGCACCUGCACGCGCACCUGUACAGAGACACGUGCCUGCACACCGCAGCUGCGCACCUGAACGCGCACCUGCACGCGCACCUGCACACGCACCUGCACACGCACCUGUACAGAGACACGUGCCUGCACACCGCAGCUGCGCACCUGCACGCGCACCUGUACAGAGACACGCGCCUGCACACCGCAGCUGCGCACCUGCACACGCACCUGCACGCGCACCUGCACACGCACCUGUAUAGAGACACGCGCCUGCACACUGCAGCUGCGCACCUGCACUCGCACCUGUACAGAGACACGCGCCUGCACACCGCAGCUGCGCACCUGCACACGCACCUGCACACGCACACGCACACGCGCAGGCGCACACGGUGUUAUGACCUCGGUCAGAGGCAGGAGCGCCGUCUGCGGUUGGCGGCCGUCGCAGGUGCGGCCGCGGAGGAGCCGAGAACCCCCCGGGACCUCGGGAUGCGGGAGGCGCUGCGCCCCACGAGGAAGGGCCCGGGCGGUGGGUCCCCCGAGGUCACGCAGGCCGCCCGCGGUCAGCCCUGA